GGGCUUAGUUAUUUUAACUCUUGUCGAACACGACACCCCUUGUUCGGCUUGUUGUGAUAAGGCCUUUUAACAUAAGGACGAUUCGCUGAUGGCAGUACUUCGAUUUCUUUCUGAGAUGGGAUAAAGUAAUUGUUUAAAAAAUUAGUAUUGGAAAUCGGAUUAAGCAGCUAAACAGUCAUUGAAAUCUACACGGUUACCUGGGACAUUUAUCUCAUGAUUUUUACCUGGAUAUUCGUGAUUUAAAAAGAGAUUGGGAUUUCUUUUUUUUAAUAAAGUCAACAUGGACAAAUCAAUGACAACCUGUGAGGAUGUUUGAAUGAAACCUGGAUCUUUGAAUUGACAUAGCAACAGUAAAAAAUAUUCAAGAUGGCGCUGAUGAUGUUGAAAACCCACGACUUGACGUGGCAAGAUCACACGAUUAACGUCGAAAUGAUGCUUGCGCCGCUUCAUGCGCAGUUAUUGGCCAGUAAACACAAAGCCCUGUCGACACGGUGCAACACUAUCAAACUAAUCUACGACAAAGAACGGGACACCAUGGUGAAAAACAUUAAUAUUGAAAAGAGACUGAUGGAAAGAAAGAGAAGUGUAUUCCUGAAGAGAAAGUCAGAAAUUGCUUUCAAACGUCUGUCGUCUGCAAAGAGUGAUCCUACCAAUCAGCGAUGUCUCUCUAUCCCUAGCGUUAAUCCAAAACGCGGGAAUUCGGCGCCACCUGUUCUAAGUGACGCAAAACAAAACGACAAAGUUUUUCUAACGGAAGUUCGAGAUGUUGAUAAAGCUAACACCAGUGAGCCUGAUAGUAGAAGGAAUGGAUCCGUAACUGAAAUUUCUCAUCCACUUUCCUUUUCGCGCAACAGUUUCAAAUCUUCCAUCACGCUGCCCUACUUCACGGGAAGCCAAUCAUCCAGUCGAAACGAGUCUCCGCAACACACGACUACAUUUACGUCACAAAUGCGCGGGAAAUCUGUCAGGUUCGAGGAAAAUGAGGAUGAAGAACGAAGUGGCGAAAUUUUGUUCGAGAAAAUCAAUUACGCUAGACUUCAACAGAAAGUGAGAAACUUUGUUCACGAUCAAGAUGACUUUAACAAUCGUCCUGCUGGUUACAAGUUGAAUUUUAGAACCCGGCAGAGAUUUAAUUUUAACUCAUUUGGGUCUAACUUUAAAACGCAACAGCAACAACCACUGGUCGCAAAGAAAAGUUCCAAACUGUCGCUGAACAAAGAUGAACUGGAGAGAGCUUUCGACAAGUUUUGUGAAAAUAAAACCAAAGAUAACUUACACGCAAUGAUGAAGAUGGCUACUAAACAGAAAGCGAGUAUACGUAUUGCGAGGGACCAAUCUAUAGUUCCAGCUAUAGCUGUUAUGAAGAGUGCACACAAGUUUCGCGCGGUACUUGGUAAAAACAGGGCCACCGAGGAUAAGCCGCCAGCACAAAGCGACGGCCCUGGAAAUGGAUGAACGAGAAAAAAUUUCGUUUACACAAUUUUGAGCCAUAUUGGCUUUUAAACUGAUUUGAUUGGUUGUUAUUGAUAAAUGGAUAUGAUGUUCCGCAUAAAUUGAACUACUGAAUUCAAUAAAGAAAAUUCAUAAAAUACCAUGA